AUGGAGCAGGUUGCCGUUCCCAACGCGCUGCCCCAGCUGACGUCCUCCAUCUCGAAGCUCGCCCGACUGAGUCGCUGGAAGCAGGCCGUGGACGUUGCACGCCGUGCAGAAGCCACCGGCUUGCGUCUAGACACAGUGGCUGCAACUGCGCUCCUGAGCGGAGCUGUCCGCGCGCCCUGGGGAAAGGCGACGCUCUGCUUCCAGAGGCUGUGGAAGCUUGGUCCAGAACCGGACGUGGCGAUGCUGAAUGUCAUUGUGUCCGCGCGCGCCCGGAGCUCGAAGUGGCAAGAAGCCUUCGCCCUCAUGUGGUGCAGCGGUGCCUGCGGCGUGGCUAUUUCUUGCCGGACAGUGGUGUCUGCCUUGAAGGCGCCAUGGCUCCACAGCACUGCGCUCCUGGCAGCCCCCGGGAUCCCAAUCAACACCGUCGUUCUGAACGCCGCCGUGGCUGCAGGAGCUCAGCGUCUCGGGGACUUUAAGAAGAGGAAGCUGGAGCCGGACGUAGUGUCCUUCAACACGGCUGCCGAUGUGUCGGCGAAGCUCGGGCAGUGGGAGGAGACUGCUUGGCUGUUGCAGCACCUCCAGGAACAGGGGUUGGACCUCGACCAGGUGUCCAUCAACACCAUGUUAGCGAGCUGCACGACUUGGCGGACAAGCCUCAGCAUCAUGCAAAGCGCUCGGCAAGCAGCCAUUCGCACCGACGUGGUCUCCUGUGCUUCGUGCAUGGCUGCUUGCGAGAGGCCCGGGAGAUGGGCCGAGGCGAUGGCCAAGAGCGCCCAGCUGCGAGACUGCGGCAUUCGUUGCGAUAGCGUUUGUCGAAAUACCGCCGUGAGCGCAUGCUGCAAGGCCGACAGGUGGGCUUGGGCCGUGCAGCUUUUCGCAGGCAUGCCGGAGCAGACACUGGGCCCUGGGGAGCUUGCGGCCAGCGCCGGCCUGGCCGCGGCCGCGCGGAGGAGAGCUUGGAGGUCCGGCCUGGCGCUGCUUGGCGACCUGCGCUUCUGCGGCCAAGGGGCAGCAGGGUGCGCGGAUGCUGUGGCCUACACGGCCAUGCUCUUGGCCUGCAUGAAGUCCUCCAAGAUCCGAGCUGUGGCGAAGCUGCUGGAAGACAUGAAGGCUUUGCGCUUGGAGAUCGGCCGAGCUGCUCAGAAUGUAGCCCUGGCCUUGCAUGAGGUGCGCGGCUUGUGGCGCUCGGCGCUCCAGCUUCUCCGAACCAUGCAGAGGAAGUGCAUCCAGACAGACCUGGCAGCCACCGUGGCCGCUGUUGGAAGCUGCGGAAAGACUGCAGCGUGGCAAGCUGCAGUGGAGGUAGCAACGUCGCUAUCAAGAGGGCAACUUCGACCGGACGUGGCAGUGUGUGACAGCCUGACUGUACCCGUUGCCGUGUUUUACUGGUUAUUGGGCGAUGCGUUUCGGCUUUGGUUGCUGGGCCAGGCUUCCACACUGUCUGGUGGAUUGAGGUACAGGAGGGCGGGCCGCAUGUCCGUGUGGACGGCCUCCAUAACCAAUGCCGGCCGAGCCAAGUCAUGGCAGAAGGCAGUGGCCCUCCUGGAGGAAGGGAUCUCACAGCGACUGCCCUUGAACACCAUCGUCUCGAACGCCGCCAUGGCAGCCUGUGAGAAGGCCAAGCAGUGGAAAGCAGUGUUAGCUCUGCUGAGCUCCCUCGGCUCCGACACUGUGGGGUGGAACUCGGCGCUUUCGGCAUGCGAGAAGAGUGGCUCGUGGCAAGUCGCGCUGGGCCUCUACGAUGAACUACCGUCGAGGCGCCUGCAGCCUGACGGCAUGACCUUCGGCCUCCUGAUCCGCGUGGCGCAGGUGGCUGGCGGCUGGGAAGCCGCUCUCAACGCACUCUCGGACAUGCGCGAAGCAAGCUUCAAGCCAAACGUCAUGAACUACGCCGUGGUUUUGCGGGGGUGCAAGGAUGUCGGAAGUUGGCAACCAGCUCUGGCUCUCCUCUCCACGAUGAUGGCAGAAGGUGUCCGCCCAGACGUGCUGGCCGUCAAUACCGCCAUGGCGGCCUGUGCCGAGCAGGGCUGCUGGGAGGUUGCCGUGGGCCUUUUGGCGCUCAUGCGCUCUGAGCUGUUGACCCCGUCCACCGCCUCGGCGAACGUGGUCAUGAAGACCUGCGGCCAGUGUGCAGCUUGGCCAGUUGUGUUGCUGCUGAUGGGCGCCUUGCAGGCAGGCCUGGGCGAGGGCCGAGACGCUGUUUCCUACGGCACAGCCCUGACGGCAUACGGCCGAGCUCGCAGGAGCGACCUGAUCUCGGAGUUGCUGGACGAAGUUGAGCGCCUUGACGUGCGCCUUACGGAGGUCUCCUUCACGGCGGCCCUGGCGGUCGCUUCGUGGAUGCACGUGCUGCAGCUACUAGCUCGCAUGAGCAGGCAGGCUCUCCAGCCUGGCGCGCAGCAUCUCACUGCGGCCAUGUUCUCUUGCAUCGAAGAUGGGGCGUGGCGCCGGGCGAUUCGACUGGCGGAGAACGGAGCUCUGCAACAGAAUUCCUUCGCCCUCGCCGCUCUUCUGCAAGCCUCCCGCGCGGGCCGGCAAUGGGCCAGCACGCUGGACCUUCUCCGGGAUUCCGGGAUCGAACCCAACACCGUGACCGUCACUGAAGCAGCUCGCGCUUUCGACUCUCACUCUUGGCCGUUUUCCAUUUCGCUGAUCUCUGCAGCGCGCUCACAGGGGAUUCAAGCAAACGAGGCUGGGCACAACAUCGUGGCUCGCACACUUUCCUUUGCAGGACUUUGGCAACACGGCCUCAGCUUGGCCGCCGCCGCUGGCUCUUGGGACCAGUCCCUUGCACUCUUGUCGGCCGCCACCCUGCGGCGUGCUUCCCCCAGUGGCUGCGCCCGAGCCUGGGAGCAGCCAGGACCGUGGCCCUGGACGAUGGCUUACUUGGCACAGAUGGUGCACGACCCCCUGGAAGUGCUGGAAACCAGCCAACGCUGCCUGAAAGCAUUUGCUCGUGCCGGGGACUUCGAAGCACUGCGCAAAGUGCUGGAGCAGAUGCGCGCGCUCCACGUGGAGCCUGAUGUCGUGCCGGCGUUCUUGGCACUGAGUGCCUUCGCCAACUCCGGUGCCUGGCGUGACGCGGCCGCUUUGCUGCGCGCUGUGGCCGGCGCGCAGGUUCAAGUGCAGCUGGUGGCCCAACACCGCCUGAUAGGGGCGAUGCACAGCGCCGGGAAGUGGCAGGAGGUCGUGACAUCCCUGGAUGGUAUCAAGCGGCUUGGCUACCUCCCAGACAUCUUCAGCUACGGCCUGCUCUUGGCUGCACGCGACCCGGGCAGUAGAGCAUGGCCGAGUGCCGUAAGGCUGCUGGACAUGGUUCUGAAAGAGAGCCUGGAGGUCAGUCAGGUCGCGCUGGGCGCCGCCUCGCAGCGCGCCGAACGUGCACAUCACUGGACGCUGGCGCUGCACUUCUGCAAUGGCAUGCAAUUUCAGAACCUUGCGAGCACCCGAGGCUUCAGUUCGGCCAUCAGCGCUUGCGAGAACUUAAGUCAGUGGCUCACGGCCUCCACGUUGCUCCGUCAGAUGGCCGGUGCUCACGUGCGCCGGGACAUGGUGCUCCGCAAUGCGGCCGCCGCUGCCUCCGGCGGGGCCGGGCGUUGGGAGGAGGCGCUGCGAACGCUGAAUUCUGGCGUGCUGCACGACAAGUCUGCUUGCGGGACAGGCUUGUCCGCCUGCGGCCGGAUGAGAGCCUGGCAGGCUUCCUUGCAGUUAAUGACUUCGGCUGCACAGAACCAGGUGCAAGUCGACAUGCCCAGCUGCAGUGUUGUGGUUUCCUGCUGCGAGCAUGCCUUGCACACCAUCGGAGCUGUUGGCCUGUUGGAGUGGUGCAACGACGCCGAGCCACUCCGGCGCCACGACCGCCAGAACUGGCAUGGGGCAGCAGACGCCACGCUGGAGGUUGCUGUCGCCGCUGUUUCUGGCCCUGCGUCUGAGGAAGCACCCAAGCUCCUCUCGGCGGCUCUCCGGGCACUGGGCGCGCUGGCCCCCGCGUUGCGAUCCGAGGCCUUAGGCACCGCGUCGCUGGAGCUGGCCUGCCGCGUGCUUGCAUCCAGCUCGGUGCCUCGCGCCCUAGAGCCUUGUCAGACUCAGGCCCUGCAGCUCCUCCGGUCCCUGGCGAAGAGCAGUGCGGAGUUGCUGGGUGGGAAGCAGGGCCUGGUGGCAGCAGUGGCCGCGGCUUUUGCCGCGGCCAAGGACGCGGCACCAGCAGUGGACGACCUGGACGAGGUGAGUAGCACCGCACAGUCCGGCCGCGAGUGCUUGCGGGCGCUUGCCCGACGGGCGCCGGACGAUGUGCUCCCAGCGAUCCUUGAGGCUGCCCAGAAAGCGGCCCAGUCAGCUGAUGCCUUGGACCGCGCGGCUGCAGUACAUGCCGUGGCCUUCGCGCUCUCGGGGGCGCAGGAGGCUCCGGCAGGCUGGGCGACUCCUCUCGUCCGCUCCCUGGGCGAUGGGGCCGUUUGGGUGCGGCAGGCCGCAUGCGAGGGUGCCGUGAUGCUGGCAGAAGAGCUGAAACCUUCGGCGUCUGCCACGGAAGGCUUCCUUCUGCUGCUGCAAGCUCUCAGCGCGCUGUUUCCGCGAGAGCCGCAGCCGGAUCUGUUGGAGAAGGCGGCGCUCGCCGUCGCCGCGCUCGUGCAGGAGCUUUCGAGUGACGAGGCAGCGCCCGUUCUCUCUUCGGUGGCUCCGGCCCUGAUUCAGGCGCUGACCAAAGUGUCGCGCGGCGCGCUGACUGCUGCUGCAAGCGCAGCAGCCGCCACCGAUGUGGGAAGCCGGCAGGAGGCCACGGAUGCCACUACGGCCUCUGCGGCAGCAGCUGCGGCUGUGGCCCGCGCGUUGCGCGCUCUGGCUGCUGCGACGGCGGACAUGUUUGCACCCUUCGCGCCAGAGGCAGCGCAAAGCCUGGUGUCCAUUCUUCGCACGGCGAGUGUUUCGGCUGGACCAGGCGCUGUCGGAAGUGGACCUUCGCCCUUGCUGACACCAGCCGUAUUGGCGGCGUGCCUGGAUGCGGCAGGUGCCGUCAUCGCUUCUGCUUGGGCGGAUCCCAGCUUCAGAGCGGAAAAGGAGGAGCUUGCGUCAACAGCGAGCAGCGUCCUGAUGGAUGCGCGUGCACCGAGCGAGGCCAAAGCAGCCGCUCACAGCUUCUACGCGCAGAUGGCGCUUGCACGAUUCGAGGAGUUUGCUCCAACCUUGGAUACGGUACUGCCUUUCGCCCUAGAGGCGAUGCGUGCUGCGGAAAGCGGUGAGGUUGUGAAGCACGGGCGGCGGCGAGCCGUUCGCACAGGAAGCCACGAGGAGCGACUGGCUGCAACUGAAGCUGUCGGCACCUACGUGGCCGCGGUGGGCGCGCGGUUUGCCCCUCACCUCCCGAGCGCACUCCCAGCCGUCUGCGCGCAGGCCAAGCAUGCCGACCCUGGUGUGCGGGCAGAGACCGCCAACGCGUUGGCCAAAAUGGGCAGAGUCCUUGGCGAUUUGGCCGGAGGCCUUCCUGAAGGGCAUGCCGACCGGCAAGCCGCUUCGAGCCUCGCAGAGGCAGUGGCACGGGGCCUGUGCGACAUUCUCUCGGAGGCUGGAUCCUCGCCGCUGCGCUGCACGCUGCAGGCCAAAGAG